UGGUGAUAGUGGAAGGAACGUUUCUUUUCAACAUCAGCUAGUCGGUCGUCGCUAGUUACCACAGUCACAAAGUCAUAAUUAUUGCUAAACGCCACCCAUUUCUACAACUUCUCUUCUUAAAAUCUGAUUUUUAAACCUUAACCACACUGCUAAGAUUAUUCCUAACCUUAAAUUAAGACCAAAAGUAAAUUUCUGUUUUCAUAAAUAUUUUGCUAAUGUUGACGUUGUGGCUGUAGUAACUAUGGACAACSCAGCUAGACAGCCAUGUUAUUGUAUAGUUAAACGACAGUGGUCAGCCACCUCGGUAGCUUGCUAGCUGAAACAUUGCAGCUCUUUAGACGCGUUCAUGUAUAUUAUCCACUGUGUUUUAAACACACUUCUGUCGUCUAGCUAGUUAUCCCAUUUAAUUUCAUAUUUACGUUGUUGUUAUUAGUCAGCUAACGUAGCUAGCUGGCUGGUUAAGUCAGCAUUAGCCUAGCUAGCUAACUGUUAGCUAACACCCCUGACCAUGAGUUCACUAAACUACUCUCCUCCUGCUAAAGAAGAGGUCUACUGGACGGAGAAAGAGGGUCUGUGGCUGAACGUUGUUGUGAAAGAGGAGAAGGAAGAGGAGGAUGUCACAGUAAAACAAGUAGAGGAUGAGGAUGUUGCAGUGAAGGAAGAGAAGGAGGAGGGAGAGAUAACUGUCAUAUUGGAAGAAGAAGAGGAGGAUAUUGGACAUCUGAUUAACCCCACCCAUCCCACUACUUUGGCCCUAAAGGAUCCUACACCAGGCCAUCCCACUACUCUGGCCCUAAAGGAUCCUACACCAGGCCAUCCCACUACUUUGUCCCUAAAGGAUUCCUACACCAGGCCAUCCACUACUUUGGCCCUAAAGGAUCCUACACCAGGCCAUCCCACUACUCUGGCCCUAAACGAUCCUACACCAGGCCAUCCCUAAAGGAUCCUACACCAGGCCAUCCCACUACUUUGGCCUAAACAAUCCAACACCAGGCCAUCCCUAAAUGAUCCUACAACCAGGCCAUCCCUAAAUGAUCCUACACCAGGCCAUCCUAAACGAUCCAUCACCAGGCCAUCCCACUACUCUGGCCCUAAAGGAUCUACACCAGGCCAUCCCACUACUUUGUCCCUAAAGGAUCCUACACCAGGCCAUCCCACUACUUGCC